GGGUAGAGGGGUCUCAGAGGUAGAAUAGGGGCAGAGGGGCCACAGAGCUAGGAAAAGGGUAGAGGCGUCUCAGAGGUAGAAUAGGGGCGGAGGGGCCACAGAGCUAGGAAAAGGGUAGAGGGGUCUCAGAGGUAGGAACGGGGUAGGGGGCCACAGAGCUAUGAAAAGGAUAGAGGCGUCUCAGAGGUAGAAUAGGGGCGGAGGGGCCACAGAGCUAGGAAAAGGGUAGAGGCGUCUCAGGGGUAGGAACGGGGUAGGGGGCCACAGAGCUAUGAAAAGGAUAGAGGCGUCUCAGGGGUAGGAACAGGGUAGGGGGCCACAGAGCUAUGAAAAGGAUAGAGGCGUCUCAGAGGUAGAAUAGGGGCAGAGGAGCCACAGAGCUAGGAAAAGGGUAGAGGGGUCUCAGAGGUAGAAUAGGGGUAGAGGGGCCACAGAGUUAGGAAAUGGGUAGAGGCGUCUCAGAGGUAGAAUAGGGGUAGAGGGGCCACAGAGCUAUGAAAAGGGUAGAGGGGUCUCAGAGGUAGCAAAGUGGCAGAGGGGCCACAGAGUUCUACCCCUUUCCUACCUCUGAGACCCCUCUAGCCCUUUCGUAGCUCUUUCAUAGAUUAAAUCAAUAGAUUAAAAUCAAUAGAUUAAAAUCAAUCAAUCGAUUAAAUCAAGCGAUGGAUUAAACCCUUCGCUAUUUCCACUCCGUCAAGCCCUAAAAGAAAGGCUCCAUCCGGGUGACCCCUGUUACUUCCCUAUGACCUCACCAUUUCCCCCUAUGACCUCACCACCCCUCCUAUGACCUCACAAUCCAGGAAGCCAUAUUCCGCCCUGGGACGCCUUUAAGCCCUUGGAAAACCCUUGCAAAACAGGGCUUCUUACUGCCCCAAAGAGAGCUUUAAAAGGGGGUGCCGUACCCCACUUUUCAAUAAAGCAAUGCAUAUAGGGAAUGUGGAAGAUUUGGGGGCGCGCCAGAGCUUGUGAACCCAAAUCGACGGUGCCCGGACGCCAGGUUCCCAUUUCCCACAGACCCCUGGCACAUUUACGCCCUCCGAGAAGAUGGUGCCCCUUUGCUGGUGCCCGGGGGACCCCCGGAGGGCGCCCCCCAACCCAGGCCGCGUCACAGAGGUCCGCAAGGUGCCCAGGGCCCCCUCUCGCCUGGCCAGCACCCCUUUCCUGCAAGCCUCCCACUUCCAGCUGGGCAGCGACCGUCGCCCAGAAGGUGCCACCCUGAUCUCGCCCUACCGCAUCGACUACCCGCCGCGGUGGGGCAGCUUCCGCAGCCAGGCCAUCCGGCCCCCCAAGUGCGCGGGGGUCCUGAACCAGGACAUGGACCGCUCGGCCUGGGAUACCCGCUCAGAGACCUACCUCUCGUACCCACCCCGGGGGCUGGAGGCGAAGGUGCCCGCCCGGCCGCCCUCGCCCCACCUGCAGAUGCACAGAGACCCUCGCCAGGGCACCGGCGCCUCCGUCACCAGGGACAGCUACCCCUACCCGCCCCCCCUGCCCCGCGACGCCCCCCGGCGGGUGGACAAGUGGGACGACAGCGUGCCCAGCGGGGACAAGGAGAAGCAGCCGCUGCCCGCCUCGCUCUACCAGGAAUCCUACCCCAGCCACGCGAGGGUGGAGCCAGCCCAAAAGGCGCCCAGUCAUCACCUGGGUGCGUUGGCACGGGGGGCACCCGGUGCUUUGGGGUGCCCGGGGGGGAGCCGGGGAGAAGCACCGACGGUGGGUGGGUGGCUGGGUUUGGGGAUGAGGGGUUGGAAAGGCCUUCUUUCCGAGUUCGCCCGCGGAACUGCCCGCCACUGGAUGCCAACUUGGAUGCCUUUAGAAUCGGGGGAAAUUCAGGGAGGAGACAGACUCCUGUUAGAAUUGGGGGGGAAUUUGGGAAGAGACAACCCCCCCCCUUAGAAUUAGGAGACAUUCGAUGCAUCUCUCCGGAAGAGUGAGGGCUCUUGGGUGCGAAUCUCGCUCACUCCUGGAAGGAAGACAUGAUCAAGACAAAACCCUUCGGUUCUUCCAACGGCGUUUUAAGAGUUCACUUCACGUUAAACGGCUUUUAAUUGAGAUCAGUUGUCUAUUUUAAAGCCAUUUUUAAUAAGAAUUCUGGCUUCCGAAAGCGACCUCAGGUGGGCUGCCUCCGUCCAGGGAAGCUCUGCUUAGGAACCACAAGGGAAUUUUUAAUUUUUAAAUUUGAUAUAAUGACUUUAAGCAUCUUUUAAAAGCUCAUAUCGUUUCCCCCAAAUGCCUUCGCUUCCACGUAUGAAGAAAACCGCCUCCUUCUUCCUUGGCAGGAGGAAAGUCUCCCCUGAGAGGGCACGGCUGCCACGACUUUGGGACCACGUACCAGACUUACUACACGGGGCAAUGGGCACCCCCUGCUGAAAAACACUUCGACGAGGUAAAGCCUCCGGGACCCUGGAAAAACCGGCUGCCCCGGGCAGCGUGGGGUAGUGGUUAGGGAGCUGGGAGGCCUGGGUUCGAAUCCCCACUGGGUGGCGUCCCUGGAGGGGAAAAAAUGGGGCGAUAGCUCCCAGAAUCGUAGAGUUCAAAGGGCUCCCAAAGGUCCUGUAGUCCAUCCCCUGCAAGGUCAGAAGCAGAUCCAUGAAUAGGGCUGCCAUACGGCAGAAAAUGAGGCUUUUUGUCUCGGGGUUGCGAGUGCGAGUUCCACACCGCCGGGCAAAAGAUUCCUGCAUUGCAGGGGGUUGGGAUGGAUGACCUCCCCGGGGUCCCUUCCAACUCUACAAUUCUACAAUUCUAUUGCAGUUGUUCAUUAACUGGCAAUUAAUUCUGAUUUUUAAAAUUAUUAUUAUUCUAUGAUUCCUGCAUUUCAGGUGCUUGGAGUUCAAUGACAUUUUUUAAAAAAAUAAUGGUUUUCAUAGGUUGCACAUCCCUGUUCCUCAAUUUGACCCUUUUACGCGGUUUUGUGGCCUUUUCUGUGCUGUCGUUUUCGCCGGUUGUAGUUUAGCAAUUGUAAACUAUUUAAUUACCGCGUGCUGAUAUUUAGCUUUGCUGUUUAACGGAUUGCUGAAUAUUGCUUUGUGUGGUACAAGUUGCUUGUUUUAAAGUCAGCGUGACAUUUUUGUAUUGAUGUUUGACAUUUUGCUGUGUUUUUUAUAAGUAUCUGAAGCCGUCCAGAGCAGAAGGGGCAACCCAGCCAGAUGGGUAGGGUAUAAAUAAAUAUUAAAAAUAUUAUUAUGGAUGACACUUGUGGUCCCUUCUGUGAUGCUGUCUACCAGCUCCACCUGGUAAGGCUAAGACCCUCCCUGCCAGCAGACUGUCUGGCCAGAGUGGCACAUGCUCUGGUUAUCUCCCGCUUGGACUACUGCAAUGCGCUCUCCGUGGGGCUCCCUUGGAAGGUGACCCGGAAACUGCAAGUAAUCCAGAAUGUGGCAGCCAGACUGGGGACUGGGAGUGGCCGCUGGGACCACAUAACACCAGUCCUGAAAGACCUGCAUUGGCUCCCAGGACGUUUCCGAGCACAAUUCAAAGUGUUGGUUCUGACCUUGAAAGCCCUAAACGGCCUCGGCCCAGUAUACCUGAAGGAGCGUCUCCACCCCCAUCGUUCUGCCCAGACGCUGAGGUCUAGCGCCGAGGGCCUUCUGGCGGUUCCCUCAUUGCGAGAAGUGAGGCUACAGGGAACCAGGCAGAGGGCCUUCUCGGUGGUGGCGCCCGCCCUGUGGAACGCCCUCCCUCCAGAUGUCAAAGAGAAAAAUAACUACCUGACAUUCAGAAGACAUCUGAAGGCAGCCCUGUUCAGGGAAGUUUUUAAUAUCUAACGCUGUACUGUUUUUAAUACUUGAUUGGGAGCCGCCCAGAGUGGCUGGGAAACUCAGCCAGAUGGGCGGGAUAUAAAUAAAUUAUUAUUAUUAUUAUUAUUAUUAUUAUUAUGCUAUGAAAACACACUCUGAAGGCCCUUUGCAUGCUCUCCGUUGCAGAAUCUGGUGUCGGUUGUCUUCGGAGACCCCCGGUGCCACCAGAUGCUGACCGAGCAAAAACGAGCGUACACCCCCAAGGAAUCGGACAGCCAGCGGUAAGGACUGACCUCCAGACUGCAGGUUUCCAGAUUUUCGAUUUGCCGCUGUGAAAACGGGCGGCGUAACCGUUGCAUUCGGAGCCGUUCUGGUCGCCUCUCCUCAAAACGGAGUUGGAAAAGGACCAACUGGGGAAAAAACCCAGAGUCUUUUCUGUUGGGGAUAAUUCAGACUGAAAUUCCCAGGUGUCAAAAAAGGGUAUUUUUAAUCUUUUGUUGGAAGCUGGCCAGAGUAGCUGGGGAAACUCAGCCAGAUGGGCAGGGUGUAAAUUAUUAUUAUUAUUAUUAUUAUUAUUAUUAUUAUUAACGGUAUUGAUAUUGAUAACUUACUUAUACCCCACCCAUCUGAUCAGGCCUCCCCAGCCACUCUGGGCGGCUUCCAACAGGAUAAUAAAAGCACAAGAAAACAUCAAACGUUAAAAACCUCCCUAAACAGGGCUGCCAAGGCUGCAGGUUCAAUUUAUGUAUGGGAUGGCUGCCUAUUCGGGGUUGGGCUAGAUGCCCCUCAGGGUCCCUUUGAACUCUACAGUGGGCAGGAUUUUAAAAAUGUAUUUAUUCCCCGCCCCAUUGGUUUUAAUGUAUAUCUGGGGGCUGGUUUUGGGUCUGUUUGUCUGGUUGUAAGUUGCAUUGCACUGCUCUGGGCAAGAUAAAGCAGCAAACUAAUAAUAAUUAAAAAUAAUUACUAUUAUUUUAAUUUUUAUUAUUCUAUUUAAAAACCAAUACAAUUCAGGAAAACAAUGCGCUGAGCCGAUAUUCUCUUUCCUCUCUGCCGAUCUCUCGCCCACAGCUAUGACCCGGAGAGCGCAGCCGCCCAGGUCCGCCUGACGAAUAUCCGGCCCGGAGACGGGAGACAAGACUUUACCACCGUCAUGUCUGAAGCGUAUCCCUGGAGGGACCCAGGUCAGGAGAACCGGGUUCAAGUCCGGACACCCCAUUGCUAUUCCCUCCGCACCCCCAAGCUGCUUCUUCUGGCUGUUUGCUUUUUAACAUACGUCAAAGAAGGGGGUGGAACUCUGUGCGUGCUCAGGGACCGCUUAGCCGCGCUCCCCACGAAAACAGAAUGGUUUGCUCGCACUCAGACCCCUGAAAUGAGAUGCGCACAACUUAACUCAGGUGCAACAGGGUCUACUCUUGAGUAGAGUGUCAUUGGAUGAGGUUGCCCAGAGGUCGGAGACCGGUUCAGAUAAUUUCUCCAUUUAUUUCUUGCCUCCCAUAAAACUCCAGGGAGCGAUCCCACAAUCGAAAGCGGGUUUCUUGGGGCAAUAAUCUUUUCCAGAGCAGCUUAAAAAUAAAACAGGCCCUGGCCAUUGGAAAGCAAUAAUAAUAAUAAUAAUAAUAAUAAUAAUAAUAAUAAUAAUAUAUUUAUAACCCACCCAUUUAUACCCUGGCCAUUGGAAAGCUGUCAUCAUCAUCAUCAUCAUUUAUUUAUUUAUACCCCACCCAUCUGGCUGGGCUUCCCCAGCCACUGUGGGCGGCUUCCAGCAAAAUAUUAAGAUACAAUAAUUCACCAAAUAUUACAAGCUUCCCUAAGCAUGGCAUGAAAGGAAAGGGGAUCGGGGCGGGAGAAGGAAAAACAAAAACCCCGCGCCUGAUUGUGUCUAAUCAUAUCAAAAUAGUUUAAACCCAGCCAACGCAAUGCUUUCAUUGCUGACACAGAUGGCUUACUCUAUAUUUGUUAUAAUUCCUCAUAGCCAUCCCACCUGAUCACUACAAUUUAAAGCUUCCCUAAACACGGCACGAAAGGAAAGGGGAUCGGGGUGGGAGAAGGAAAAGCAAAAACCCCGCGCCUGAUUGUUUCUUCCGCCGGGAUGUCCCUAGGACCGUUGCGCAUCAUCACGGCGAGGAAGAAUGAGUCCUCCAUUCUCAGAGGGGAUCGGGACCCCGAGAGGAACAGGCAAAACGCCACCACCACCAUCCACCGUCAUUACUACAGAGAGGUAGCAAAAUCCCCGGGGGUCCCUGGCCCCCCAUGACGCAGGGAUCUUUUUGCCCGGCACGGGACUCAAACCCGCGACUCUCGUGUCUUCUCUGCCCAGCCGAACCGGGAGGAGCCGGUGUCCUGGGAGGAGCCCAAACCCCGGAAAGACUUGACCUUGGGCGACAACCGCUAUGCCGACUUCUGCACCACGCAACACGAGGACUAUCGGCCGCCCCCCGAGACCCACAAAUUGGACGUGAACAAGUGGAAGAUCAUGAAGAGCAACAUCCCUUUCAAUUAUCCCGGUAAUAAUGGGGUUUGGGGGGCCGGAAGACGCGGUUUGCCAAACCCCGGGUCGGUGUCUCAUUUGGAUAGGGAGAGAGAAGACUCAGCAAUCAGGAGAGCAUUUUUCUUUUUAUCUAUUUAUUAUCGUUGUUGUUGAGUCGUUUAGUUGUGUCCGCCUCUUCGUGCCCCCCUGGACCAGAGCAUGCCAGGCCCUCCUGUCUUCCACUGCCUCCCUCAUGCUGGUAGCUUCGAGAACACUGUCCCCCCAUCUCGUCCUCUGUCUUCCCCUUCUCCUUGUGCCCUCCAUCCUUCCCAACAUCAGGGUCUUUUCCAGGGAGUCUUCUCUUCUCAUGAGGUGGCCAAAGUCUUGGAGCCUCAGCUUCAGGAUCUGUCCUUCCAGUGAGCACUCAGGGCUGAUUUCCUUCAGAAUGGAGAGGUUGGAUCUUCUUGCAGUCCAUGGGACUCUCAAGAGUCUCCUCCAGCACCAGAAUUCAAAAGCAUCCAUUCUUCGGCGAUCAGCCUUCUUGAUGGUCCAGCUCUCACUUCCAUACAUCACUACUGGGAAAACCAGAGCUUGAACUAUACAGUGGUACCCCAGGUUACAGAUGCGUCAGGUUACAGACUCCGCUAACCCAGAAAUAUUACCUUGGGUUAAGAACUUUGCUUCAGGAUGAGAACAGAAAUCGUGCUCCGGCGGUGCAGCAGCAGCAGGAGGCCCCAUUAGCUAAAGUGGUGCUUCAGGUUAAGAACAGUUUCAGGUUAAGAACAGACCUCCGGAACGAAUUAAGUACUUAACCCGGGGUACCACUGUAUAGACCUUUGUCAGCAAGGUGAUGUCUCUGCUUUUUAAGAUGCUGUCUAGGUUUGCCAUCGCCUUUCUCCCAAGGAGCAGGCGUCUCUUAAUUUCGUGGCUGCUGUCACCAUCUGCACCAUCUACAAAAAAGUAAAGUCUCUCACUGCCUCCAUUUCUUCCCCUUCUAUUUGCCAGGAGCUGAUGGGGAAGUUCUAGUCCCUCUCUCUUCUGCCUUGGUCAGACCACACCUGGGAUACUGGGUUAUUUGUGGGGCAUAGGAAUUCGUUCAUUUAUUUCCCCAAAAAUAUAGCCCGGCCCCCCACAAGGUCUGAGGGACGGUGGACCGGCCCCCUGCUGGAAAAGUCUGCUGACCCCUCUAUUAUCUCCUCUUUUUCCUCCCUCUCUCGCAGCGCCCGCUGGCCUCACCACCAGCACCCAGGACAUGCUGGUUCCUUACCACCAGGCGAAGUGCCAGGUCCCUGAGGAGGAGCUACAGAAGGUCAGGAAGCACCUUAGCGUCCAGCCAGCCAGGGUGCCAACUCAAACCAUGAGGACUAGCCCCCUAGAUGGGCUGUUGGCCCUGUUAACGGAAAAAUCCGAGGGCUCCCUUGGACAAAAACAAAGACACCAACCAGGAUAACUUGGAGCAAAACAGCAGCCUGUAGGCUUGGCCUUUAUUGAUCUGUUGCAACAGGGUGCUCCCUCACCUGCAGGAGAGAGGAGGGACCCAGGAAAAAAAUGGUGUGCAAGGCCUUAUAAAAACUUUUGAAAUUGCCACCCUGUAGAUCAAGACCACCCCCAGAAACAUCAUACAUACAUCUUGAUGGUCUUCUGUCUGGGACCAUCAGGGUUGGCAUAGCAACUGGGCAGGGCUCCUGUGGAUGUGCUGGUAUGCAGAAGGGAUUGUGGCUGCCCUGUAUCAAACCUUCCCCAUUUUGUAGUCCUUCCUUCAUGGAGUAAAAUAAAAGUGGAACAGUGCAAAUCCGAUGUAUGGUUGAUUUUCUAUGAAUUUAUAACAGAAGCGUAGCGUAUGUAGUGUGUGAGUGUGUGUGAAGUUUGUACAAACUGAAUGAUUGGGGGGUGGGGUUCCUGCGACAGCCUGAACAAGCAAGCUCUCUCCAUUCCUGCUUUAAGUUCCUUCCCUCUCUCUCUCUCUCUCCUUCCCAGAUUAAGUAUUCCCACCUGGUCCACCCCUGGAAGGACCGGCGCUGGUUCAGCACGGAGCAGAAAGACGCCUACACCAACAAGUACGGAGGCCCCAUCACCCUGGUGGUGGGGGACAACCAGAGAAGCAGCCUCCCCCUGGGAACCUUGCCGAAUUAUUCCCUCCGGAAGAAAAUCAUCCCUGCAAACAUCUGCCUGACCGAAUAAACCCCAUAUCUCUAUUUCGCCUUUUGAC